AUGCAGGAACUUAUGGGUCAGUUAAGGAAGCCAUGGUAAUUAAAGCAGACGAAAAGGUCGCCCCAAAGAGCUCGUUUGGAUACGACAAAAUAAAUGGUACGAGAAACACCAAAUGCUUAAAUAAUUUCAUGGUUUUUCUUAAGAAUGGAAGUAAAAAAAAUAAAUUCAAAAGUAUGCUUGCAACAGGUGGUGAAUUAUUUGAUCGUAUGUGUGAUCGCGGAAAAUUUACCGAAGCUGAUGCUGUAGAAGUAAUUAAAACAGUACUUACGCAAACUGCAAAAUUCAUGAAAGAUGAUGAUGAUAUUCUAACUACUUAUUGUAGUUCACCUGGUUACGUCGAUUAUGUGGUUAUGCACCGGCCUUGUAAUGAGGAUCCAUUUGCCACAACCGAGGAAAGAAAUGGCUUGCGCGUAGAAUUUCACAAUCGUUAUUGGAGAAACAUUUCAUCAGAUG